AUGAGGGGUGCUAGUAUUGGGGAUGAGGAUGCUGGAUCUCUACUUCCACCGACCGAGCGAUCACCAUUAUUACAAGACAGAGGAUAUGCGACCAUAAACGCAAUAAAUAACGAGCGCGAACGCGGAAGAAUAGUAUCAAAACAAGGACCGAUAAAUGGAGAAGCCGUCACCAGUGCCAGUCGCGGCGACGACACCAAUUCGUCUGAGAUACCAGUAGACAUCGAGAACAACAACCUCGCGCGCACGCCAUCACUCUCGCCAUCCCGCGCUACACAGUCCAAAGGCACCCGCUCGGCUACAGCACAGAUGCGAUACAUCGUGCCGGCCGUCUCGCUCGGCGUAUUUCUCGCAGCGGCCGAUCAAACGAUCAUUGUAUCCUCGUACGGUCGCAUUGGAUCUGACCUGUCGGCUCUCAACCUCACACCGUGGAUUGCGAGCGCUUAUUUUCUGACGCUUACGUCCUUCCAACCACUCUAUGGCAAACUCUCGGACAUCUUUGGCAGGAAGACGUGUCUGCUCUACGCUUAUACGAUCUUCGGCAUCGGAUGUGUCCUCUGUGGUGUUGCACCGGAUAUCAAGAGCUUGAUUGCCGCAAGGGCAUUUCAAGGUGUCGGCGGAGGGGGCAUGAGCACUGUCGUGUCAAUUCUGUUCAGUGAUAUCGUACCUCUGCGGGAGCGGGGCCUUUGGCAGGGUAUUAUCAAUAUCGUUUACGCUGGAGGAGCUGCAGUGGGUGCACCGCUCGGAGGUCUGCUCUCAGAGACGCUUUCGUGGCGUUAUUUAUUCCUGGGGCAAGCGCCGCUCUGUUUGCUUGCCUUUAUCGCGGUGUGGUUUGCUCUGGAUGUCCCCCCAAAGCGCUCGAAUGGGAGCUAUUCAAGCUCAGAGCAAGCCCUGGAACGAGAACCGGGCCAAGGCUGGCGAAAGAAACUCUCCAGGGUAGAUUUCCCCGGCGCCAUCGUGUUGGUGGCAGCAGUCUUCAACCUCAUCUUCGGACUAGAUCGGGGCUCCAACACUGCGUGGCAUCGACCGAUCUCAUACGGUCCAAUCGUCGCAUCGGGGUUUUUCUUUGCCCUCUUCAUCUACAUUGAACGACACAUCGCGAAGGAGCCCUUCGCUCCGGGCCACAUCAUCUUCGAUCGCAGUCUGUUCGCCAGCUAUCUGUGCUGUUUUUUCAGCUUUGGCGCUUGGCUGGCGGUCCUGUACUACCUGCCGCUGUUUUACCAGGCCGUCGACGGCUAUGGCGCGACAGAGUCGGCGGUAAGAUUACUCCCAGCGAUUGUGGCCAGCGUGUCGGGAUCGUUGUUUGGGGGCAUCUGGAUCAAACUAUUUGGAAAGUACUAUUGGCUUACGGUGUUUGCGUACACUCUGCUCGCUGCGGGGAUGGCAGUCGUGUUACUAUCGACUGGCUUACUGGUGAACAACACGUAUGCCAUCUCUGUGGGAACCGUCAUGGGAGGAUUUGGGAACGGAAUUGGCGUCACGUCUGCGCUCAUUGCUAUCAUCUCGAAUGCAGCACCAGAGGAUCAGGCGGUUGCCACGGCUUGCUCGUAUCUGUUUCGCUCACUCGGCUCUGUGCUCGGGAUCUCUCUCACUGCAACGGCUAUCCAACAACGUCUGCGUGACGAUCUGGCACGUCGAAUCGGCAGUGGUCACGAUGCAGCAGCCAUCGAGCAGGGCGUCCGUCAAAGUCUCGACUAUCUCGAUCAACUGACGCCUGAGUUGCGUCAUCUCGUCAGACUUGCUUAUGGGACUGCCACGACCAGUGGCUUUUUGCUGGCAUUGAUUGUCUCGCUUGGUGCCACUGUUGCGAGUUUGUUCAUCAGGGAACAGCGACUGAAUCGAUAA